UGCCAGCGAUCGGUCGCGCUGGAUUGGCUUAGCGCGAAAGCUUUCUCACUUCGGAAGCUUCACGUCGAGAGGUCUCACGCGAAGAAAGUUUUCCUUCCGCCGCAGUUUCGGACCCCUUUCUGUUUGCCUAUUUGCGCUUCUUCCUUUCCUUCUGCGAUUCAUCUUUCGGUGGACCCCAGCUUCGACCGUUCCCAUUCUUCUUUCUCCAAGACCGCUUCGAGAAAAAUAUAAACAUCUUGUGAAAGAGCUUCUCAGAUUAACGUUUGGGGCCGUGAGUGAAAAAGAAAGUCGCCCAAAAUCGUCAACCAAAGGCCGAAGAGCGGGUGCUCGAAAAGUUUAACGAUUUGGUGACGACGCUCUUGGGUUGAGAAGGAAAGUGAAUGAAAUUUAAUUUUUUUUUCUGCUGCCAAACGGUGUAAAUAAAAAGUGAAAUUCGUAUCUGGAGGCGGCCGGUUCGUUUGAAAAUCCUAAAAAAAUGGCACUCACUAUGACCGAUAUGCUGUACGAGAACCCGUUCGAUCAUUUCCUGUCGCUGCUGGUGGAUUUUAUAAUAUUUUUCUUCAAAUCGAUCUACUACACCCUGGAAACUAUUCUGCUAACCUGCAUUCCGUAUCGUUUUCGAAAACUGAAGGAUGUGUCCGGACAAGUGGUGCUAAUUACCGGCGGGGGUGGUGGAGUCGGACGGCAUCUGGCCCUGAAUUUUGCCCGGCUACGGUCUCGCGUCGUGAUCUGGGACAUCAACAAGGACGCGCUAAAGGGCACGGUUGAGGCACUGGAAGCUGAAGGUCUGUACUGUCACACCUACUUGGUGGACAUCUCGGAUCGCGAACAGGUCUACGAGGUGGCCAAAAAGGUCAAGGAAGAGGUCGGAGACGUCAACAUCCUGAUCAACAAUGCCGGUAUCGUCGCCUGUCGGACCCUCUGGGAUCUCUCGGAUCGGGCCAUCGAGAGCACCUAUGCCGUCAACAUUCUGUCGCACUAUUGGACCACCCGGGCAUUCCUGCCGGAGAUGAUGAACAGCAACCAGGGGCAUAUCGUUACGGUUGGUUCCGUGGCUGGACUGCUGGGUACCUACGGCUGUACCGAUUACAGUGCCACCAAAUUUGCCUGCGUCGGAUUCCAUGAGGCACUUUUCACGGAGUUGAGGCUUCUAUUUCAGACUCACGGUUACGACAACAUCCACCUAACCCUCGUUUGUCCCUACUACAUCAACACCGGCAUGUUCGCCGGCUGCCGACCCCGUUUGCUGCCGAUGCUGGAACCGAAACACGUCGCCGAUAGUAUGGUCAAAUCGAUCCGCAAGAACGAAGUCAACUGCACCCUGCCGGACAGUGUCCGGAUGUUCCUGCCGCUCAAGUGUCUGCUUCCGGCCAAGAUUUGCUGGGAAAUGAUGUACCGUGUGAUGCGGGGACCCCACACGAUGAUGGGAUUCCGGGGCCGAGGAAAGGCCACCGCUGGCUAAUUAUAGCGGAAGUUGCUCUGACAAUCGAGAGGAUUCAUCACUACUGUUUUGCUCCGGUUGCGAAAUAGCUGUCGACUAACCCCUCAACAAAGCUACUAUCUACUUAUAUCUACUUGAAUCUACUGAAUAGGGUUAAGACUUUACUUACAACGACUUUCAUCAAUGAAACCUUUUUUGAAGACGUGUUUGUUGAUCCGUUUCCGGAAUCAGUCGAGGCUAAAUUCGUCAUUCGAUAUGACCUUACCAUCUUGUAGUUUUCCAUUCGAGCAUUUGUUUUUUAUUUGAAAAAAAAAAACUCCCUUUAAUUAGAAAUCAUAUCAAUUGGUUCACUACACCUACGUUCAUAUUGAUAGUAUGUUAAACACCUUCAGCUAUUUUAAAAUAAAUGUUUUAAUUAUUAAUAAAACUUGAUUAUAAAACUAA